AUGUUAUGGAUACUGUGGCCAAACCCGAGGUCGGAUGAAAUGGUGCUCAAGAGAUGGAUUCCCAGCAGAUAUCGGAUCGGCUUUUUAGGUAUGACUGCCUGUAGUCUACUCUACACCUUACGAGUGAAUAUCAAUGUAGCGAUCAUUGCAAUGGUUAAGCCUAAAAACUCAUUGCAUCCCAAAGACUGGUGCUAUGAAUACAAUAGUAGCGCCGAUCAGCCCGAUGACUACCCGAGCGAUCGGAUCUACGAGUGGAGUGAAUCAACUCAAGGCAUUAUAUUAGGCGCUUAUUUCUACGGCUUUACCGCCACUCAGGUUAUCGGCGGUCUGUUGACCGACCGAUGGGGCGCCAAAUGGGUUUGUUUGGCCGGUCUGUCUGUUCCCGGACUCGUCAACGCUUUCACACCGUUUGCGGCCGACGAGCACUUCGGUUGGCUAAUCGUGAUUCGGGUGAUAAUCGGCACGUUUCACGGUUUGGUCAACUCAUCCCUGUUCUCGAUGUACGCCAAAUGGUUCCCAACAAGUGAGAGGACGAUAGCGAUUGCUGCCACACAAUUGGGCGGUAAUAUCGGUGCUAUGUUUAUGGCGCCGAUGUCUGGCUAUUUAGCUAAACACGGCUACGCCGGCGGCUGGCCCUCCGUUUUCUACACGUCCAGCGCUAUACAUAUAGUGUGGAUCAUCUCUUGGCUGUUCUUCGCAUAUGAUUCACCAGCAGAUUGCAAAAACAUCGACCCUGAUGAACAUCUAUAUAUUUUACAAAACACAGAUUCCCAGACCAAUAAGAGUUCGGAUCCGAUUCCGUGGCGAUCAAUACUGACUUCCCGUGCAGUCUAUGGCUCGAUAUUUGCCAAAACUAGCGGUACUUUCGGUUAUUAUGUGUUGACCACAAGUGUUCCCCUCUAUUUCGACACAAUCUUUGCCUUAAGAAUCAUCGAUAAUGGCGUCUAUACGGCGCUAAUGUAUCUGUUUAUCGGCAUAACACUGAUGAGCGCCGGACCCCUCUCUACCUUCAUUAUAGCGAAGUCUAAUUUCUCGCGGACGAGGAUUAGGAAAGUAUUUCAAAUGAUUUGUACCACUUGUAGGGCCGGCUAUAUGUCUGCUGAUUGUGCCGUCCGUCGGAUGCGAUUUAGUGGCUGUCGUGGUAUUAGUGGUGUUGAGUAUGUGUUUGUAUGGCUUCAUAACGGGAGGCGAGUAUCCAAUUAUACCGGAAUACGCGCCAGAAUUCACGGGCACUGUGUUUGGCAUAACCAUGAUUUAGUGGCUGUCGUGGUGUUAGUGGUGUUGAGUAUGUGUUUGUAUGGCUUCAUAACGGGAGGCGAGUAUCCAAUUAUACCGGAAUACGCGCCAGAAUUCACGGGCACUGUGUUUGGCAUAACCAACACAUUGGCCUCUUCUAUGGGAUUCUUAGCGCCCAUUAUUGUCGGCCAGAUUCUGGACACCGAACACAAUUCGGAAACGCGUAAGAAAUGGGAUAUCGUUUUCUACGUGACGGCGGCUUUCUAUUUGUUGGGCGCACUAUUCUUCGAGAUCUUCGGAUCGGCUGAACGUCAGCCGUGGGCGAGGGUUACGAUCAACAGGAGUCCCGACAUUGAACUCAAUCAGAUGUCGGCAAACGGUGCGAACGGUCGCACCAAAAAUGGCUCUCAAAAUGAGACACAUUUCUCGAGAAACAGAAUAUUUUCUCGAUUCAAGAAGUCGUUGGACACGGAAUCGCCCGAAUGGGUUGAGUUCAAGAAAAACACAUAUAUUAAGUAA